ACUUUUUAGUUGAGCUUUUUCUUUUAGUCGCGUUACGGCAGCACCGAACAUGCCAUGCCGAACAUCAUGCAGCGUGCAAAGAAGAGACGACACGAAAUAGCUGAAGACGUCCAAAGCGCCCAAGCUUGUCCUCCCAACCCUCCAAUAGCUCUACUAGAUAGCCAGCAUUUGAUUAUCUCGUCCUUUCUUUCUUCUCCCCUCGGAAAAGAUCUUCACGCCACAAAGCAGCAAGCAAUCUAUUGGUUACCCAUCUCGAUCGCAUACCCCUCGUCUGUUUCGUCUUCCAAGAGCCAACAAUUCACAUUCAGAGCACAUUCUUCAAACGGAUAAAUAAGACACUCGCAGCAUGAAUUCAUGGCGUCGGCGGCGAACGCGAUAGGGCUCAUUAUCUCAAACCAGUCCUGAUCUUCCUGAACUUCGUUCUAUCCAGUCCGUGUCCUCUGAGUGCCACCGGUACAAGCUACCAUGGACCGUCGCCUACUCUCGUCUCGGUUGCACGAGAGCAGCAAGAGAAGUCUCGCCUCUGAAUCGGAAUCAGAUGUGGGCAGUCUUCUUUCUGGCUUAUCAAAAGCAAAGAAAAUACCAGAUCGGAGACGCAGAGCUCCAGGCGACAUUAACGACGGCAGCGGAAACAGCAACCGCAAUGGCAAGCUGUCUCGCAGUAUCCCUGGCGGCAGGGGUGCUACUGCCCGAGAAAAUGGACUCCCGAAGAACAUUACAACAUCCAGAGGCGCUGGCAGUAGAAGAGAUCGCCGUGAUCGCGCUGAUGGUGCCAAACUCAGCAAGAAGAACGAAAACUACCGAAAACAAGUCGACAAGAUCAUCAAAAUCCAGGCAUUUGCAAGAGCGUACAUUACCCGCUUUGCCUAUCAGAGUCGGCUUACGAUGGAAAACACAAAGAGACGCUUCUUUGCCAUUCAAAUACAAGCUAGCAUCAGAGGUUUCUUGGAGCGCCAACGGUAUAACAAAAAGACCGGCAAGAAAAGACCCAGACAGACGACCAGAAAACCAACCAUGGAAGACACCGGCCUAAGCUCUCCCAAACAGAAUACCAGACAAAGGAGAGGUCGAAGAGAGUUGAAUGCACGUAAACCACCAACCACCAUCCCAACUGUAACCGUGCAAUUGGAAAGCGAUUCAGAACGCAGCGAGGUAUCCCUGCGGCUUGGCAGAUUAAUGCCACAACCACAAAGAGCCUCAAUGGCCAACGACAGAGAUGAUGCCUCGGAAACUGGAAGCAUCAGGAGUUACAUGUCCAAUUUGUCCGUGGCUCGAAAAAUACCCGACAGAAGGAAAAAGCCAGAAAACAAAACAGGCGACAGAUUCGAAGAUGAUGUUUCUGAAGCGGGCAGUGUAAGGAGUUACAUGUCCAACUUGUCUGUGGCUCAAAAAAUACCCGACAGAAGGAAAAAGCUAGAAGACAAAUUCGAGGAUGAUGCUUCUGAAGCUGGCAGUGUGAGGAGUUACAUGUCCAACAUGUCCAACCUGUCAGUGGCACGAAAAAUUCCGGAUCGAAGAAAAAAAUUGGAAGCAAGGGAGAGAGGAGAGCGAUUGUCAUCUUUAUCAAGGGCUGACCGGUUUGAUGAUGACGCAUCAGAAGCGGGGAGUGUGAGAAGUUACAUGUCCAACCUCUCCGUGGCAAGAAGAAUACCAGACCGAAGGAAAAAACUAGAAGAAAGGGAGAAAACAAGCGAGCGGAGAUCCUCUCUUUCAAUGGAUGACGACGCAUCAGAAGCUGGGAGUGUCAUGAGUCACAUGUCAAACCUUUCUGUGGCGAGAAAACUACCAGAUCGAAGAAAGAAACGAGAGCAAAAGGAGAAAAACGCAGCAGUCAUUAUCCAAGCAAUCGGGAGAGGGUACAUCCAACGAUUCCUGUACAAAACCAUGUUGGCUAUGGAGAACUCAAAGAAAAAAUUCGCUGCAAUAUUUAUUCAGGCCCGUGCACGAGGGUUUCUGCAACGAUUAACGGGGCCACAGGUAUCACGUGUUCACGUGGCACCAAGAAGAGAACCGCUGCUCGCGGAUGAGAAAGUUAACAAACGGAGGACUAAGAAACCGAAGAAGAAUCCUGAUGGUCUUCACGGUGGAAAGGCUACCCAAAAUGCAAGGACGAGAGAACGAGCGAUGAAGAAACCUGUUCGGCAUCGAAGUGGGAUCGAAGAACCCGACAAUGCGCCACCGAGACAACUUACCAUACGGGCGAUACGGAAGCCGAGAAGACAAACAAGUGACACCGAAGAAGAAAGCCACGAGGUGCCCGUGAAACAUCUGACAAUAAAACAACCAAGGAGACACAACAGUGACUCAGGCAAAAGUGACAGAUCACCGCCUAAACGUGUCAUGGUACGUCCCCGCAAUGAUGGCCGCGGUCGACGGGAUCGAAGCGAAGGCGACAACAGCAACAACAAUGUAGAGUUCUCUCCCCCCAGGAGAGUUAUGAUGCGCGCCAAGAAGCCGUUACGACACGGAAGCGACAUGGACGGGAGCGAAGCGUCCUUGGAGCCGGAAAAAGUUGCCGUAUCUCGUCGCGAAAGGCUCAGGUCCAUGGCCGCAUCGGACAGUCGUUUCGGAGAAUCCGAGUCGGACAUGGGCAGUCUCAUUUCGGGUCUAUCAAUGGCAAGACGAGUUCCCGACCGUCGUGGCCGUGCCACAAAAAGGAGCAAACCGUCCAGCAGACCGGUCGACCACGACGCAAGGGCAAAAAGCGCCAUUAAGAUUCAAGCUCUUGGCAGAGGAUACAGUGCUCGUUUUGCAUUCAAGAGCACACUGAUCAUGGAGCAAACGAAAAAGAGAUUCUUUGCAAUACAGAUUCAAGCACUGGCAAGAGGGUACAUGGUGCGGUCAAAAUCGAACAAGUGA